AUGGAUGACUUGACGCUGAACGCUACCGUGUGGAUUUACAACUCUACCCUGAUGUCUGGAGCCCAGAACUGCAGCCUGUACGAGAUGGAGCUUCACGGAGACGGCUCCCCCGCCUUGAGAAUCAUCAUCUCCAUCACCUACUCGAUGGUUUGCGCCGUCGGUCUGGUGGGAAACUUGCUGGUCCUUCUCCUGAUGAAGGCGAAGCCAGGACGCAGCAAAUCCACCAUCUGCGUCUUCAUUCUCAACCUGGCAGUGACCGACUUCCAGUUCGUCCUGACCCUGCCGUUCUGGGCGGUGGACACGGCUCUGGACUUCAGCUGGCCCUUUGGAGAUGCCAUGUGUAAGAUCAUCCAGUCAGUGACCGUCAUGAACAUGUACGCGGGAGUUUUCUUCCUGACUGCCAUGGGCAUAGCCCGUUACUGGUCGGUGGCAUCGGCUCUGAAGACCAGGUGUAACCGGCUGUCCUGUUCGGUCAAGUGGAUCAGCGUCCUACUAUGGGCCGCCGCUGGCCUGGCCACGCUGCCCACGGCUGUCUUCUCCACUGUCAGCACCACUGCUGGCGAGAAACUGUGUCUGCUGGACUUCCCGGACGAUGGACAAUACUGGCUGGCUCUCUACCACAUCCAGAAGAUCAUCCUGGCCUUUAUCCUGCCCAUGGUCACCCUGUCCGUCUGUUACCUGCUCCUUCUCAGGUUCCUGAGGAAACAACACAUCGGCAGCCACAAUCCCCGGAGAAAGUCCCGAGUAACCAGGUCCAUCACCAUCAUUAUGCUUUCCUUCUUCCUCUGCUGGCUACCCAAUCACAUGAUAACAUUUUGGGGAGUCCUGGUCAAACUCAACGUCAUACCUUGGGACAAGACAUACUACUCCAUGCAAACCUACGCUUUCCCAGUCACCGUGUGCUUGGCACACACGAACAGCUGCCUGAACCCAGUGCUGUACUGCUUAAUGAGGAGAGAGUUCAGGAAAUCCAUGAAAGAGAUCUUCUGGAAGAUCUCCACGCCGGCUUUGACACAUAAGGUUGCAAUACGACCCUUCUGCAGCCCCGUAAGUCGGGAACCCACACACGUCCAGGCCGGAAUCCCCCUGAACAUUAUUGAGAGCGCUCACCACAGCCGAGAUUCCGACUCCAACAGUAGAGGUGAAAAUGGUCCCUCCAACUGCACCUCCGAGCCGAAGACCAAUUAA